CGUGGCACGCCCUACGACUUCCUCCAUUGUCCUCCUUUCCGAGAUUCUCUCCGCGAGGAAGGAUGGCCCAGAACAAUUAUUUCGGCUUUACUCACGGUGGAACGCAAUAUGGGGCGACCAGUGCCGCUGCAUAUCAGACUGGGCAAGCGGGAUACGCGGUAACCCCGGCGGCAACUGCCGCUACGUAUACUCAGCGACCCGCUGCCGCUGCUGCAACUGGUUACGAAACCUAUCAGGCAGCUGCUGCUGCAGCUGCGACCGGGACAACCUAUGCAGCUGCCAAUCCUGGUACUGUAGCUCAGACUUACGACUACGGAUACGGACGAGCUGCACCAGCAGCUACAUACGACGCGACUAAGACCUAUUAUCAACAACCAGCAGCUGCUGCAGCAACUUAUACUACUACUGAAACACACUACCAGGCUGCAAAACCUGCUUAUAGUACAACUAGUGCCUAUACUGGUACUGCCAGACAAGCGACUACUACUGGACAAGCAAAGACUUACCAAGCAUCUAGUACGGCAUAUCAGCAAUCAAAUCCCACACAGAGUGCUACUUAUUCAUCAGGAUAUACAGCUCCAGCUACACCUGCCGCUACUCCAUCAACUGCAACAAAUAAAACGGCGAGUACAACGUAUUCCGGCUACGACGCAGCGCUAUAUAGCGCUGCGACUAUGUAUGUAGCCCAACAGAGUGCAAACAGCAAUUCCACUAACCAGAAGACUGGAGGUUGGCAGGGCUACGGACGAAAGGGAUUUGGAGCUGGCGGGGGAGGAAUGAAGGCAAUGCGGCCCAAGCAGCCUCCUAAACCUCAACAACUACACUAUUGCGAUGUCUGUAAGAUCAGCUGCGCUGGUCCACAAACCUAUCGUGAGCAUCUAGAGGGUCAGAAGCACAAGAAGAAGGAGGCCUCCCUGAAAGUGCCGCAACAGCCCCCCGCGCGUGGAGCAGGCAACAGUCUUCGUUGUGAGCUGUGUGAUGUAACUUGUACUGGAAAUGAUGCUUAUGCUGCUCACAUCAGAGGUGCUAAGCAUCAGAAAGUUGUCAAAUUGCAUACUAAGCUUGGAAAACCUAUACCAAGUGCGGAUCCUACUGUUCUCAAUCCGAAGCCAGCAGCAACUACAAAAACUACGACAACUAAGAAACCAACAGUCACAGCAACGCCUAAGAUCAACUUUGUUGCCUCUGGAAACUUGGGCACAGUAAAUCAGAAUCAAACUGCAGAGGUUAAGCAGGAGGAGCCAACUACUGAAGAAACUGUAGAAGAGUCUACAGUUGACGAAAAAGACAUUCAGCCAGUUGGCCAGGAAUACAUCGAGGAGAACAAAUCUGAGGACGGACUACGUCGCAGAGAGGAAAUCAAUCAGUUGGGACCUAUGGGACCCAUGAUGGACGAGGAGAUGAUGUAUUGGGAAGAGAGACGUCGCUACGAGGAAGAAUGUGAAUAUUACGAAUGGUACCGACGAUAUGGACGCGGUCCAGGAGCUCCGCCGAUGCCACGUCCAUUCCAAGGACCACCACCUAUGAUAAUGUUCCCAGGCCCUCAGAGACGACCUGAUUCCUCGGAUGAUAAGCAUGUGUUGGCACAUCAUACUACAAUUUAUCCUAAAGAACAAGAAUUGUUGGCAGUUCAGAAAAUAGUUUCUCAUACCGAAAAGGCGUUAAAGUUUGUGUCUGAUGCUUUAGCUGAAGCUAGUAAAAAGAAUACGCCUACCAAUUCCAAUGCAACUACUACAGCAACAGCAACGUCUGGUACACCGCAAGCAAAUGCCGAUGCAUUGAAGAAAGAAGAGGCUGACAAGAAGAAGGCAACUACCCCACAGAAGGAAGACGGCAGCGAUGGCAAUCUUUUUUCGUUCCAAAAGGAAAAAGAAGAUUCCAGGAUACUUCGUGGUGUUAUGCGUGUUGGAAACUUGGCUAAAGGAUUGUUGCUUUCUGGAGAUAAUCAUGUUUGUCUGGUUGUUUUAUGUGCAGAGAAACCAACCAGGACAUUGCUCAAUAAAGUUGCUGAAAUUUUACCUGGUGAACUAAAGAAUGUAGCUCCCGAAGAAACUUAUAACGUUGGAAAGCAUCCGGAAUCUGCGGCUUUGACUGUCUCAGGGGGUACGGUCACUGUCAGUGUGACGCUUACCAGUCCUCUGAUGCGUGAGACACCCAAGUCGACUGCAGCAGCAGAUAAUGCUGGACAGCAGCAGCAGGAAGCUGCUCAACUGCAAACAACGCCCGCGGCCCCGACUGUGACGAAACCAGAUCCACCAGAUGUACUUCCCAAGGCUAAGUGUUUGGAGGCUUUAGCUGCACUCAGGCAUGCCAAGUGGUUUCAGGCUAGAGCUACCUCGCUGCAAAGCUGCGUUAUGGUUAUCCGUAUAAUGCGCGACCUAUGCAAUCGUGUGCCAACAUGGGGUCCGUUAAAUCCUUGGGCAUUAGAAUUAUUGACUGAGAAAGUGAUUAGCACUGCUGGAGGUCCUCUUAGUCCUGGAGAAGCUUUAAGAAGACUUCUGGAAUGCGUAGCUGGAGGAAUAUUGUUACCGGGUAGUCCAGGACUGUCCGAUCCAUGUGAGAAAGAACCAGUUGAUGCAAUAGGCAAUAUGACGUCCCAACAAAGAGAAGAUAUUACCGCGUCCGCGCAGCACGCGUUGCGAUUAGUAGCGUUCCGCCAGAUCCACAAAGUCCUUGGUAUGGAGCAAUUGCCGCCACCGAAAUUCAAAGGACGUUUCGCCCGAAAGCGAAGACGCGACAACAGCAACGGAGAAGGCACGGAUAGCGAGGCUUCGAAAAAAGACAAAAAGGCAGAGGAGAUCAAAAUGGAAACAGACUCCAAGUAGAUCUAUAAAAAAAUUCAUGUUACGAUACGAGAAUCUAUUAACUUAUCUAGUAUAAGAAAACAGUUUUUCCGCCGUGUCAGUUGCUUGUUUAGGAAGAGAAAUAUCUUCGGGCAAUCCGAAACUAGGUGAUGCUUGUCAUGAUUUUUAGAAUAUGCAUAAUUUAAGAAAUGAUGGAAUUAAAAUAUGAGACGCGUUUGUCAAAAUACAACAGCGAACGAUCUUGAUCUUCAUAUCUUUGUUAUGAAUUUACUUCGUAGUAAUGAUAAUCGUUUUUUUUUUUUCCUGAUAUAUUCGACAUCGAAUAUUGUAAUCUGUCUAUUACAAAGAAGGAAGAUAGCGCUAUGUUAGGCAAAAGCUUUGGGUUAAUUGACUAACUUGAUGGCUUUGAUAGAAGUGAUGCGAUUAGUUUUGAAAGAGACUUACAUUGACGAAAUUGACGAACGCGUCUGUUAACGCGAUCAUUUAGAAUUAUUUCGAUCACGGCGGAUAUAUGAGCAGAAGGAAUCUAAACGAACGAGUGGUAGAUUGCGACGAUGGACAUUUAUAAGUUUGAAGUUAAGGGUAGGCAAUAGUUGCAUUGAGAUUUGUGUGUAUGUGCGUGUGUGUGUGCGUGUGUGUGUGUAGUCAGUACAUAUAGGAAAUAUACUUCCCCCCCUCUCUCUCUCUCUCUCUCUCUCUCUCUCUCUCUCUCUCUCUUCUCUCUCUCUCUCUCUCUCUCUCUCUCUCUCUCCUGCACAAAGCUGCAACCAUUUACGAUGUAUGCUAUUGUCACAUACGUGACUCGCGCAGAAAAUAGCGGCAAGAUAUUUAUAACUCGAUAAAUUUGGAUGCUUGACGAUACCCGAUGCGGAAUAAGUGCACGUGUUAACGGUUUUCAUUUUUAACACAACAUUAUAAAUCGGUUUCAGUUUCAUUUAUAAAAUUUCAAGCAAUCCUAUCGAAUUGAAAUGUUUAAAUUUUUAAAUACUGUCCUCCGUUUAAAAGAAUUUCUUUUGACUUGUGAAGAUUUUCUGUUCUAUAUUUUCAAAUGAUCAUUGAAUAAAACAAACAUGUGUACGAUGCAACUGUGAACUUAGUAAUACUUCUGACCAAAA